AUGUUCAAUCAUAUUUCUCAAUUCUAUCAAAAUACGAAGUCUUAUAUUCAAAAUUUUAAUUUAUUUCCAUCUAUUCCUCCAUCAACCGAUCAACAUCAACUUCAGAAUGAAAAGAUUUCCACGCGAAUAUUCAUUAUUCUUCCGAUUUUAUCAUUAACUAUUCUUCUCUUAUAUACUUCUUUGAUUAAUGUUACACAAACUAUUAAUAUUAACACACCAACAAUAUUAACAUAUCAAGAAUUACAUUCGAAAUAUUCACAAGUAUUAACAUGUCCAUGUACACAAAUAUCGAUGAGUUAUGACACAUUUCAUCAAUUUUAUUCGAAUCAAUUUAUAAGUGCAUCUGUCAUAUCAUCAGAACUAUUUCAAUUACAAGUUGAAUCGUUAGUUAAUCAAUUUAUCUCAUCAACAACAAAUGAUUUUUUAUUGUCAUUAACGACAAUACGAAAUACUACUCAGAGUAACGGGAUAUUCACUGGUCCUUUGACUAACUAUGCAUUUGUAACGUAUGAAAAUGAGGAUUACACACCUCUCUUUGCGCGAACAUACCGGGGAUGUGAUUGUGGGCUUUCAGCAAGCUGUAAUUUUCCAUCAUACAUUCGUGCUUACGAAACUGAGACCACAUUAUUCGUUAUACCAGGGUUCUAUAGUGCAUGUUACACAAUUGAAUCAUUACUUCAAUCUGAUCUUCAAUGUUUUUAUGAUCAAACAUGUAUAGAUGAGCUACAAUUCUGGUUCUUAUCACGUGCACAAAGGAAUAUUACAUCUCUUGAUAGUUCAAUGACAAGUCGCUUUUCGCUAAAUUCAACAUUUGAAGAAAUUCUUAGUGAUUUAAUGGUUGAGAAAUGGAACUCGACAUUAAUGUAUGAGAAAUACUAUUAUGUUUGUAUGCCAACAGAGUGCACCUAUACGCGGCAAGCAAAGAAUAAUGCUAUUUAUAUUGUAACUACACUAUUUGGACUCACUGGUGGCUUGACAAAAGCGUUUAGAUUAGUGGUACCAUUUCUGGUUAAAUAUACCAUAUUAUUUAUUCAAAAGUGGAAAAGAAAAAAUGCUGCAAUCUUACCAAUGAUUGAGAUGUAA